AUGUCUACCACGUUUCCAAAUCUCUACACACACCGCAAAGUCGCUGACUCAGCUGCCAAAGCGUGUGACGUUUGCUACAAGUCAAGCACAUCCGUCCUCAUCACCCCAGACAAGAAGGACUUCUUCUUUGUCUGUCCCGUUCACUUGAAGGAUCGGUAUUUUGCGACACCAAAGAUCGAUGAGGAAGCGGCCAAGAAGAAGCGCGAGAAGGAGUUGGAGGAGGAGAAAGAGCGCGUCUUGAAGGAGUACGAGGAGAAGCAAAAGAAGAAGAAGGAAAAGGAAGCCAAGAAGGACAAAGACGAUAAGGACAAGGAUAAGGAUAAGGAUAAAGACAAGGACAAAGAUGAGAAGAAGGACGAGGACAAGGACAAAGAACAGAGCAGUCCUGCACCUGAGGAAGAGCCCCGUGUAUUCGAGUUGAAGACGUAA